AAGCCAGCACAGGCAGGGAAGCUCAGCAAAGUAGAAUGAGCGGAGGCCAAGACACGGCCCAUUUCCCUUGACAGGGCUGGGCUCCCCAGCACAUGGGCUACUAGCGCACUGAUGGUGUGUCACAGGGCUCGCUUUGACAGCGGGCAGGAGGAGUGGGGCGGCAGCCUGUGUGCCCAGCGACCUAUCCCCCGAGGAGUGCCAGGAGCUUGAAAACAUCCGUCGACGCAAGCAGGAGCUGCUGGCGGACAUACAGCGCCUGAAAGAUGAGAUAGCAGAGGUGACUAAUGAAAUCGAGAACCUGGGGUCCACAGAAGAGAGGAAAACAAUGCAGAGAAACAAGCAGGUGGCAAUGGGCAGGAAGAAGUUCAACAUGGACCCUAAGAAGGGGAUCCAGUUCUUGAUUGAAAACGACUUGUUGAAGAACACAUGUGAUGACAUUGCCCAGUUUCUCUACAAGGGGGAAGGGCUCAACAAGACAGCCAUUGGUGAUUACUUGGGUGAAAGAGAUGACUUCAAUAUCCAGGUGCUGCAUGCGUUUGUGGAGCUGCAUGAGUUUACUGACCUCAACCUGGUGCAGGCACUGCGGCAGUUCCUCUGGAGCUUCCGGCUGCCAGGGGAAGCUCAGAAAAUUGACAGAAUGAUGGAGGCUUUUGCACAACGAUACUGCCAAUGCAACCCUGGUGUCUUCCAGUCCACAGAUACUUGUUAUGUGCUCUCCUUUGCUAUCAUCAUGCUCAACACCAGCCUGCACAACCCCAAUGUCAAGGACAAGCCAUCAGUGGAGCGUUUCAUUGCCAUGAACCGUGGCAUCAAUGAUGGUGGAGACCUGCCCGAGGAGCUGCUCAGAAACCUCUAUGAGAGUAUAAAAAAUGAACCUUUCAAAAUUCCCGAGGAUGAUGGCAACGAUUUGACGCACACCUUCUUCAACCCCGACCGUGAGGGCUGGCUUCUGAAACUUGGAGGUGGACGGGUGAAGACGUGGAAACGGCGAUGGUUCAUCUUGACAGAUAACUGCCUUUACUACUUUGAGUAUACCACGGACAAAGAACCACGAGGCAUCAUCCCAUUGGAGAAUCUGAGUAUCCGUGAGGUAGAGGAUUCAAAAAAGCCAAAUUGCUUUGAACUGUAUAUUCCUGACAACAAGGACCAGGUGAUUAAGGCAUGCAAGACCGAGGCAGAUGGGCGUGUGGUGGAAGGGAACCACACUGUGUACCGCAUCUCUGCACCCACCCCAGAGGAGAAGGAAGAGUGGAUCAAAUGCAUCAAAGCUGCCAUCAGCCGGGACCCAUUCUAUGAGAUGCUCGCAGCACGCAAGAAGAAGGUGUCCUCUACCAAGCGACAUUAGUUUCCCCUGGUCUACUUGAACGGUGGCAGCAGCAUUGGCAGCUGAUGCCGCUCAGUCCCCUGGCAGAGGGCGAAGAGGCUGUGCAAAACCACCUGCCACCCUGACUGGGGAGACUAGCUUCAACUUCCGCUAUUCUUUUCUGGCUUGGGGGGCAGGAGGGAGGGGCUAAACUAACAGCAGCCCUCGCUGACUCUUUACUACAAGGAGGCCGUCUUCCUUGCUAGUCCCUCCACUGGUCUGCUUGAAGCCAACUGCAGCAUCAGUAGUCCAAAGGUCAGGAAGGGAGGCUGUCGUCGUCUUCCAUUCCCCACCACUUGUCAUUGCUUGAGCUGGUGGGGGGGCAGAGUGUGUAAUGUAGAGAGAAGGGGCAAAAAUCCAUUCAAGCUGCCAUUGGGAAGACUCACUGUGCUUGGUGCUGGUUUAAUACUCUGAGACCCAGAACUAGGCAUGGACUGUGUACUGUGAGGGCACUGCUCCCUCUGCAAUAACAAGGGGUCAAGACUCUAGCUUUGCAGCAUAGAGAUUCCUGUGCCACUCUCUGGCUUGACAUUACUACCUUUUUCUUUAGUUGAGCAAGCCUUUUGGCUUCUUUCCUCCCCAAAGCAAUGGAGCUUCUUGAUUUCCAGGGGGUUCUCCUUAAUAAGAAGUUUUAUGAACUGUGUUGGGUAAAGAGCAACAGAGAAUGUCACCCCCAGCAACUAACAUGCAGAGUAGCCGGUCAGCCACCUCCAAAAGCUGUAUCGCCCUUGUUCUAGAGGGCACUGACUUAGGCUGUCUCUGAGGCCAGCAUGGGGCUCACUGCUCCACUGUGCCAUCAGGAGCAGGUGAGGCUGUUGUGAGCCAGGGGAGGGGCAUGUGUGGCUGUGGGUGGGCCCAGUGGGGUAACCCUUGCUGAUGCUUUACAGGGUAUUCUGCCAACGGCUACUCGUAGUUGGGCGUGAUCCUGUCUUAUGCAGGCAGCCCAGAGCACUUGUCAUCUUUUGUUACCUUUGCAGCUGAUAGCUCGAGAUCUUGAAAAGGAGAGAGCUGGCAGCAUUCCUCUACAGAAGGAAAAGAGGUGUCUGUCUUGCUGCGGUUGUAUUUUUCAGCAGGGAUGGGGGUUCGGUGGGUUAGGGCAGAGGCUGCCCGGAAGCACAAGCAGGUGGGUGGUGAGGGGGAGACGGGUGGGACUGCUGAUGUUUGAAAUAUGCUGCUGGGGAGUUUCUGGCUGCCUUGAGGUUUGUAUGUGUGUGGGAGGUGGGGCUGAUCUGUUAGAAGAUUGCCUUCCCCUUGUUAAAGGAUCAUGGUGCUCUUCAUCUAUUGGACACCUUGACAAACUCCACUUUCUUGACGCAGUAUUGGAGUAUUUAUCUGAGAUGUACAUACUCUGUAUAGAUUUUUUCCCCCCUCCUUUUAGAUUUAUUUGUAUUUGUUUUAAAUAAAAAAACCCUGUUUUUGUGAAACAGAACAGGAUUCUGAAGCACUGCUGUGGCACAAGGGGAAAGCAAGGGGGUUGUGGGAAGAGGGUGGAAGGUUCAGACCACUUGGGUACAGUUUUAUUCUGAAUCCUUUUCCUUUUUUUUAGUCUUUGCAACAACCUUGUGAUCUAGUGCAGAGCAACUGCAGCAAAUAAAUGUUGAUCUCACACUUGACUCAAA